GCGUGCCCAAAUAUUUCUGAAGGAACAAAGCGCAAUCAACGACAGCAGCCCCGCGCGUAGCGUAACAUUUCCGAUUCGUCCACUUCCUUUUUUCAUCUGAGAGCAGGUUUUGCCUUGUCCGAGUCGGGGAAGAAGCCGACCGGAUCUUCGGCGCUGUAUUAGGGUUCAGAUCGUGCCAUCAUCGACCCGCAGUCCUAUGAAGAUCACAGCGAUUCUUGUCAUCAAGUGCUCCGGCGCCGGCGAUUCCUCUUCUUCCGGCUCGGCCGAGCCAGUGGUGCUUGCGAACGCCUCUGAUGUGAGUCACUUUGGUUAUUUCCAGAGGUCCGCUGCCAAAGAAUUCAUUUUAUUUGUUGCCCGCACUGUUGCCAAGAGAACGCCGCCGAGCCAGCGGCAGUCCGUCCAACACGAAGAAUAUAAGGUUCACUCUUACAAUAGAAAUGGACUUUGUGCUGUAACAUUUAUGGACGAUCAUUAUCCUGUGCGCAGUGCAUUUUCCCUCCUCAGUACUGUCCUAGAUGAAUAUCAGAAAGCAUUUGGGGAAUCUUGGAAAACAGUGCAGACUGAUUCUACCGAGUCAUGGGUAUAUCUGAACGAAGCCUUAACAAAAUUUCAGGAUCCUGCAGAGGCUGAUAAGUUGCUAAAAAUUCAAAGAGACUUGGACGAGACCAAAAUUAUUCUGCAUAAAACCAUUGAUAGUGUGCUGGCCAGAGGAGAGAAGUUGGAUAGCCUGGUGGAGAAGAGUUCAGAUCUUAGUGCUGCCUCCCAGAUGUUUUACAAGCAGGCCAAAAAAACCAACCAGUGCUGCACCAUACUUUAAUGUCAAUGGGAGAUUCCGAGUAUUGCGUUAUAUAAUCUGCUUUUCAGAAAUCUAAAGCUUUUCAAAUGGUGAUGAUUCUUCUAACCUGAUUGGUUUAUCUGGGCAGGAAUAGCCCGAGUUCUAUGCAAGUUAUACGUUUGUAACUGUUCAGUUUUUUUUUUCUUUACGUGUGAGUUAUGAAUGUGUGAAUUUAUGCGCUGGCCACUUGGGAAGUUGAUGGUACACUUUUGUUAUUGAAUGUUAUAUAAGUGCAAGAAAAUCUAGAUUAUGCGAUA